AUGUCCACAUCUCAACCCACCUCCCUAACCAACAUCAAAGGCCUGGGUUUCGACCUCUUCGGCACAGCCGUCGACUGGCGCACCUCCAUCACCGCAGCCCUCACAGCAGCCGCCACCGCCAAAUUCACCUCCCCCUCCUUCCUCACCCUGGCCCCAGCCACCCAAACCCGCCUGCAAUCCCUCACACGGGACGAUUGGGCCCGCUUCGCACAAGAUUGGCGCGGCGUCUACAGCGCCUUCACGCGCUCCUUCGUCCCGGGAACGACCCCCUGGAAGAACAUCGACACGGUGCACCGCGAAGGGCUGGCGACGCUGUUGGCACAGUGGGGGUUGGAGGGGGUGUUUGACGAAGGUGAGCUGGACGAGCUGAGCAAGGCGUGGCAUUUCCUGACGCCGUGGGACGAUGUGGUGGGCGGUAUGCGCCGGUUGAAUGCGCGGUUUGCCACGACGAGUCUGUCGAAUGGGAACACGGCGCUGCUAAAGGACAUGAAUGCGCACGCGCAGCUGGGACUGGGGUUGUUCGUUUGCGCGGAGGACUUCAAGGUGUACAAGCCGGCUGGGGAGGUGUAUCUCGGCGCGUGCAAGGCGUUGGGGCUGGAGCCGGCCGAGGUUGGGAUGGUCGCGGCGCAUCUGAAGGACGUGGACGCUGCGAGGCGGUACGGGAUGCGGACGAUCUAUGUCGAGCGGCCGGGAGAGGAGGAGUGGCAGCCGGAGGAGGAGCGUUUAUUCCAUUCCCCGGGAUAG